AUGGAUUCUUCAACGAGCGCCGCUGAAGCUGGCGGAGGAUAUGCAACGCGGAGAGGCCACGGGCCUCACCUGUCGAUUAGUGACCCGAGUCAUCAUGUCACCGAGGCCAUUGGACACAUGUACGACGAUGAUGAAUACGAUAAACGGGAUUCGAGACGCCUUAGCUACAUUUCCUCCCCGCUGAGCGAAUCCAUUUCGACAAUUCACCCUGACCUCGCUGGAUCAGCAUCCCCAACCUCCCCCCAAUCAAUGCAGCUGCAAAGCCACCUGAACGAAGUCACUACUCAGCGGCAGGUAAAUGGACCGCCUCGACCGCCGCCCCUUGUCACCCGCAAGUCUUUUGACCGGGAGAGCAGCCCGGGGUCUCCCGGGUCCUCCAAGACCGACACCGCGACGACAUCCUUUCCCCUCAACGAUGUCGAUUACGAAUCCAACCCAGCAGCCGUGGCUCAGGAAUUAAAUAAUUUGGCAGCCAUCCGCCGCAUGUCCAUGGAUGCGGUAGCGACCAGCGAUCCCGACCUUCCCGACUUCUCCCCCUCCGUGGCCUCUCCCUCCGAUGACGAAAAUGAUGCCUCGGGGCUAUUCUGGGUCCCAGCCCGCUUGCACCCUGAACUCGCGCCCAUGGAGUUUCGAUCAUUCCUUGAAAGCAGGUCGGAACGCAUUAAGCGCAGAUCUACCGACUUUGCGAGCUUGAGUCCGGAGGGUCCGGGAUCUGGGAGCGGAUUACGGCGCAAGCGGUCGAUGCUAUCGAGGGAGAUUGAUAAUUCUCAUGGUUAUACGGACGGGGCAGAGCGGUUGGAACGGAAACGAUCCCAGUCGAAACAGGAUGCUAUGAGCCCUAACCUGCUUGAACUAGAGUCCCUGGUGGAUGAUUCAAAACAAUCAAAUAAGUUGUCCCUGGAUGGCAUGCAAGGUCUUUCCAUUAGCGCCGACGAAGACAAACCAAUCUUGCCUCCCAUGCCACAGGCCCCCGGCCUUCGUCGGUCGACCCGAACGCAGUAUAGAAAAGCCGGUAGCGUGAAAAAAGGGGAUCGGCCUCGAAGGUUCGGCAAGUCAUCCGAAUCAGGUCAGUCGGUGCCGUCGAUUAUUACGUCGCCCGCCGAUCGACCAAUCCUGGGCCUCACGCGGGUUUCGACCGAUCCUACUCCUUCUGUCACACGCGGCCAGGCAAAGUCCAAAUCACCCCCAACUACUCCCGCGCAGGAGCCCACUUCCAGCUCCAGCUCUACCCCUGCCACAGCUUGUUCCCAACCGCCGCCAGAGAGCAGCGCACAAGCCCAGACCCAUGCGACAGAGUCUGGCAAACCUUCGCAAUCCCGACAAGGACAAUCUCGUGUCGAUUCCAAUGGACGGUCAAGUCCUGAGCGAAAAGUUUCAGCGGCUGUGGAAACACCGCCUGCUAAUAAUAAUCGGGCUGCUAGCCAGACCUCGCAACAACAAAGAAAAUCUUCCGGACGAGGAUCCGAUUCCUCAUCGAGUCUUCUACCAAGAAAGAGCUCAGCUCAAAAACACGGCAAAGACAACACGUCAAACCUCAACGAUUUUGCCAACAGCCCGCAAGCGCUCCCUGGAAACACCACUCGGACCGAUAGCCUCUCCUUCAUUCCCACCUUCUCGGACGACCGUAAAUCAGAAAGCAAGUCAGAAAGCAAGAAGUCGAAAGAAAGAAAGGAUUCCGAGGGUGGCAGCCGGAAAUCAAGCUGGCACUGGCUACUAGGUACGGAAGAGAAGGACAAGGAUAAAGAAAAGAAGAAGGACAAGGACAGCGAUGCCAAGAGGAUAAAAUCCAAAUUCGUCGACAAAGUCCAGGAUAGCACCAAUUCCCAUCAUUCCUCCAACGAUAGUAGUAAUCAACCACGGCGCGAGAGCUUUGCCAUGGACCGGCCCGAUCUUAAAUUGGAUGACGACCGGAAAAAAGACAACACGAGGAGGUCUUCUGGAGAAUCAAAGAAGGAGAAGGAAUCCGGUCUAUUUUCAUCUAUAUUUGGUGGUGGGAGGAAAAAGCACAACAGCAGCGACAGUCAUCACAAGAAAAGCUUAUCCCGGAACUUCUCACCCGAUCCUCCUGUUCGCGAACUUCAACCAGACGUCGACUAUCCGUGGACCCGGUUUCCGAUCCUCGAGGAACGAGCUAUCUACAGGAUGGCGCAUAUCAAGCUGGCAAACCCGCGACGGGCUCUGCACUCCCAAGUUCUUCUCAGCAACUUUAUGUAUUCGUAUCUGGCCAAGGUGCAACAGAUGCAUCCGCAUAUGACGCUAGUCACGUCUGCAACUCAAAGACAACAACAACAGGCAAGGGAGCGGCAAGAGGAGGAAUAUCAACAACAAUACCAGCGAUACCAAGAGUCACAACAAUACGGUGACGGUUAUGAGGAUUCUCAAGCGUACGACUACGGCGAUGAUUCGCAUGACCACUACGGGUCACAAUCAAGCGGCUAUCAGAACGGCGAUGGCUAUGGAUCCGGGUAUUAUAAUCAUUAUGGGCAUUCAGCAUUCGGUGAUGAUGCCCAACUCGACGACGACGACGAUAACGACAUGUGGUGA